AUGGCAAAAGCGCCUGCCAGUUUGGGACUGCGGCACGAGCCGCACUCUGUCAUCGAUCAGGGGCGGGUCGGUAAGGCGAUGGCUUCGGCUGAUACGGAUCUCAUUUGUGGUGUGUGCACAAAUUUGAUGAGUGAUCCCUACAGCCCACCAUGCGGGCAUACGUUCUGCUUGAGACCCUGCCUGCUGCCUCACGCCAGAGCGAUGACAGCGCGCUGCAUCCGUUGUCAUGCGACGUUCGACUUGGCUGAGCUGCGUCCCAACUAUACUAUUGCAGCGAAGCUCACUCUGAUCUCGAUGAAACGGGAGCCGCAGCAGGAUCAGAUGCCGAAGCAGCAGGCGAAGAACAAAGGCGACUGUGUGGAGGAGAUGUCGAUUGGUGAACGGAGAAUCAGGGAAAAUCCUCCCUUCUCUAUGCGUUGCAGCACCUGCAGGAGACCAGUCGGAGCGAAAGAAGUGGAUACUUGCCAUCAUUGUCAUUGCAACAUCUGUUCGCAGUGCCGUGAGAAACACCGCGACAGUGCCAUCCAAAUGGCAAUGACUGCCACUUCUCUACGCCUCAAGGAUGUGGACCUUCGUGUCUCCUUGCCAGAUGAUAAGUGA